CAUAUAACGGUCGUCGUUUCCUUCUUCCGGCCUCCUUUCUCUGACUCCCCUCUCCGUGGCAUAGAACAGAAAUGGAGCCAAUCUGCCACAAGUUCGAUCUCAGCCCUCCACAGCUCUCGCCGAUCCCCCCGAAACUCACAAAACCCGCAUCUCUCUUCUGUUACUCUCGCCGAUACGCCAGCUCGAACCGGAAGUUUGAGAGGAAACUGCAGGUGUCGGCCUCUUACUCUCAUCAUGAGGUGCAACCGGUCAAAGCCAACUCCAAUGGCGAAGCUACCGAUAGCGAGUGCUUGGUCAAGUCAAUCAGGAGAGGCCUCGUCGGCUUUGCAGCUGCGGCGGCUGCUUUGGCUUCUGUCUGGUCCGAUUCUUCGGCUCUGGCAGAGUCCUUGACCGUUGCUUUUCCCGCUUCUCGGAUUCAGGAGGUAAAUACAGUCCAGAGAACUCUUGUGGAGGCUUGGGGCCUGAUCCGGGAGACUUUUGUGGAUCCGACAUUUAACCACCAAGAUUGGGACUCGAAGUUGCAGCAGACGAUGGCAGAAAUAUUCGCCUUAAGAUCGGAGGAUGCAGCGUAUAAAAAGAUUGGUGCUAUGCUCUCUACUCUUGGGGAUCCCUUCACACGGAUUAUCAGCCCCAAGGAGUACCAAAGUUUUAGGAUUGGAAGCGAUGGGAAUUUGCAAGGAGUCGGGAUCUUCGUUAACAUGGAACCAAACUCCGGGCAUUUGGUAGUUUUGUCUUGCGUAGAAGGUAGCCCAGCGGCACGUGCCGGCAUACAUGAUGGCGAUGAACUGAUCGAGAUCGAUGGGCAGCGUCUGGACGGACUUGACAGCGAAAUGGCAGCACAGAAACUUCGGGGUCGAGCUGGAACAACUGUUACAGUGAAAAUCCAGAGUGGUAAGGAUUCGAAGAGUGAUUCAGUCAUCAGAGAGGUCAGUUUGCCUCGAGAGUAUAUCAGACUGUCCCCGAUUUCGAGUGCCAUAAUUCCUCAUAGAACCCCAGAAGGUCAUCUGACUAAGACCGGCUACGUAAAGCUGACAGCAUUCUCUCAGAGUGCUGCUGCUGAUAUGGAGAGCACUAUUGAGGACAUGGAGCAGCAAGAUGUCCACUCCUAUAUAUUGGAUCUCCGGAACAACCCAGGGGGAUUGGUAAUGGCUGGGCUUGAUGUUGCACAGAUGUGGCUCGAUGGGGAUGAGACAUUAGUUAACACUAUUGAUCGCGACGGGAACUUGCUGCCCAUUAACAUGGUCAACGGACACGCGCUAACCCAUGAUCCACUAGUCGUGCUAGUCAAUGAAGGAAGUGCUAGCGCGAGCGAGAUAUUGGCUGGAGCAUUGCACGACAAUGGCCGUGCCAUUCUUGUGGGGCACAAAACUUUCGGAAAAGGGAAAAUCCAGAGCGUGACGGAGCUUCAUGAUGGAUCAGCCCUAUUCGUAACGGUCGCAAAGUAUCUGUCUCCGGCUCUCCACGACAUAGACAAGGUUGGGAUCACUCCCGACGUGCAGUGCACAGCUGACAUGCUUAACGUGCCGAAGGAUUCAUUGCAGAAGGACAAGAGCUCAGUCUCGUCCCUGGAGGCAGAUUCCUGCAUCAUGGUGGCUGAACACGAGCUCGAUGUUCAGGAGUCCGAGGGAACUGCUUCUUGAAGGGGCAAUAGGAACAUUGAUCUCGAUCCCGAGAAUUGUUUCAUGACAUUACAUUCAAUUGGAUGUACAGGUGCAAGAAUAUAAAUCCCAGUUAGUAUAAUAUAGUCUUAUUAGGGAAUUAUCCUAUUGUGUAUGAUAUUUACAAGCAAAACGUAUAAAACUACUUAGCUACGAACAAAUAUCGUAUAAAUCCUUUGGGCGCUCUGACCUGUAA